AUGUCUAUGACUAGAAGAAUAUUACAUAUCAACGCUUCCAAAACUGCUGCAAGAUGUUGGAUCCCCAUUAAUUCCACUAAUAAUCAUCAUAUUAUUAUGUCAAGACCAAAAACAAACUUACACUCUAAAUUCAAUUAUUCAAGACAAUUCUCAUCCCAACAUAGAUGUGUAAACUUUAAUAAUGUGUCUGAUGCAAGUUUAGUCUCUAAUGAUGAUACUUUAUCAGUCAAACUUCAAUCUACUUCCACCACUGGUGAUAUUGAAUAUUUCGAACCAACCAUUGCUUCUUCAGAAGAAGUCACCACCGCAAGUCCAGUUAAUAAACUCGAUUAA